GCUUCCUGUGACCAUUCUCUGUGUAGCCUGAGAGAACAGGGAAGGAAACUGAGGAAGCUGCUCACUUUCAUUCCUAGGAAAUAGUAGAAAAGUGCUGAUGCUUCUUCACCAAGUCCCAUAUUCUCCAGCAAAGGUUGGAACAACUAGAAAAGAAUCUGGAUUGAAAAGCAGUAACCAAGGAUUCCACUGAAGAUCCUGAUGGAGGAGGAAGGUACCCAGAGAGAAGAGCCCAUGGAAGAUGGAGUUGGUGAUGCCCAACAUUUCGGUCCCUGCAAGAUUAUGGCAGAGUGUAGUCACAUGCAGAAACAGCUGGACUUACAAAAUGGUAGCUUAGAGGAAGGCUUUGUGGUGAAUUCCCUGGAGAACCAUCCCCCAGACAUGAUGGAGAGCCUAAACUCAAAGAAAUACUUUUCCAGUCUGAAAUUUAAAGCCAAUGGAGACUAUUCUGGCUCCUACUUAACCCUCUCACAGCCUGUGCCUGCUAAGAGAAGCCCUUCUCCUUUGGGUACCAGUGUCAGAAGCAGCCCCUCUUUAGCCAAAAUCCAUGCAAGCAAGCAGUUCUCCUGUGAGGGAACUGAGAAAAAUAUUUCCACGAAACCCCCCACUCCUUCACUCAACACUACACACUCUCUUGGUGGAUACUCACUCGGGAGAGCAGAUUUUGAUCAUUAUAGCGGUCGGGACAGUGAAAGGUCCUUGAGACUCUCAGAGAAGCUUCCUUAUUCCAAAUACAACUCUAGAAAUAAAUCGCAUGACAGUGUCUAUUUUCUUGGAGGAUUAGAAGGAAGAAAGGCAUCUGGUUCGCUCCUGACCAUGUGGAAUGGAAGUUCCCUUAGUGACUCUGGCCAUUCUCCCAUCAGCAGAUCGGGGGCGGCAAGCAUGCCUUCAAGCCCAAAGCAAGCCAGGAAAAUGAGCAUCCAGGACAACCUGACUCCUCAACCCAAGGUAACCAGACACAAGGACCCAGCAUCUGAAAGCAUCAGUUUAAGAACUAGGAAGUAUUCAGCUGGCAGCCUGAGUCACAUGGGAGCCUAUAGCCGAUCGCUUCCGAGGCUGUACAAAGCCACAGAGAACCAGCUGAUGCCUCUCACCUUGCCUCCAAGAAACUCUCUGGGCAACUCCAGAAGAACCAGGCUGGGGGAAAAGGAUCUACCUCAUAGUAUCAUAGACAAUGACAAUUACCUUAAUUUUUCCUCUUUAAGCUCAGGGGCUUUACCCUAUAAAACCUCUGUAUCGGAGGGUAGUCCUUAUGUGAGUUCCACACUCAGCGUCCCUGCCAGUCCUCGAGUGGCUCGGAAGAUGCUUCUGGCCUCCACCUCCUCCUGUGCCUCUGAUGACUUUGAUAGGGCUUCCUAUUCCGGGACAAGUCACUCAUUUUCUGCUGGAGAAUCAGACAGAGUGUUUGCGGCCAGGAGGAACUUCUCAUGUGGCUCUGUGGAGUUUGAUGAUGGUGAUUUGGACAGCCUCAGACAAGCCUCAGGAACCCCCCAGCCUGUCCUUCGGGAACGGAAAAGCAGCAUUAGCUCCAUUUCAGGACGGGAUGACCUGAUGGAUUAUCACCGGCGGCAGAGGGAGGAAAGACUCAGGGAGCAGGAGAUGGAGCGACUGGAGAGACAGCGUCUGGAGACCAUCCUCAGUCUCUGUGCCGAGUACACCAAGCCCGACGGCCGCCUGUCCACGGGCACUACCGUGGCAGAUGUGCAGAAAAUCAACAAGGAACUGGAGAAGCUGCAGCUCUCUGAUGAGGAGUCUGUGUUUGAGGAAGCCCUGGGGUGCCCUGACACAAGAUACCGGUGCCACCAGAAGGGCUCUCUCCAUGAUGCUGACCUGGAGGGCUGUGGGAGCCUCAGUCAGAGCGUUGCCAGCCUUCUCUCCACCAGGAGCAUCAGGAAUGAUGAACUUCUCAGUGACCUCAUCAGGACCCCACCACCGCCCACCUCUGGCUUUCUGAAAGCUGCCAGCGAGUCCUCUUACCUAAGUAUCCUACCAAAGACCCCAGAAGGUAUAAAUGAAGAACAGAGGGCUCAGGAAUUGGCUGAGAUGGAGGAUACCCGGAUAGUAAUUCUGAACAACCUUGAAGAGCUUGAACAAAAAAUCAAAGAUAUUAAUGACCAGAUGGAUGAAUCUUCCAGAGAGUUGGAUAUGGAAUGUGCCCUUUUGGACGGGGAGCAGAAAUCUGAGACAACUGAACUAAUGAAGGAGAAGGAGAUUUUGGAUCAUCUAAACCGGAAAAUAGCAGAACUGGAAAAGAACAUUGUUGGUGAAAAGACCAAGGAAAAGGUAAAGCUUGAUGCUGAAAGGGAAAAACUAGAGAGGCUUCAGGAGCUUUACUCCGAGCAGAAGACCCAGCUGGACAAUUGUCCUGAGUCCAUGAGGGAACAGUUACAGCAACAACUGAAGAGGGAUGCUGACCUGUUGGAUGUUGAAAGCAAACAUUUUGAAGACCUGGAAUUCCAACAGCUUGAACACGAGAGCCGUCUGGAUGAGGAAAAGGAGAACUUGACUCAGCAGCUGCUGCGUGAAGUGGCUGAAUACCAGCGAAACAUUGUCACUAGAAAGGAGAAAAUUUCUGCAUUGAAAAAGCAAGCCAAUCAUAUUGUUCAGCAGGCUCAGAGAGAACAAGAUCAUUUUGUGAAAGAAAAGAAUAACUUAAUAAUGAUGCUACAAAGAGAAAAGGAGAAUCUUUGUAAUCUGGAAAAGAAAUACUCCAGCCUCUCAGGGGGGAAAGGGUUUCCUGUUAACCCUAAUACUUUAAAGGAGGGCUAUCUCAGUGUAAAUGAAUUUAAUGAGCCAUGUGGCCAUUCCACGAAUCUCUCCCCUUCCACUCAGUUCCCUGCUGAUGCUGACGCUGCUGUCACUGAGCCUGCCUCAGCUGUGCCGGUGAGCCAGCCACAGAGUCCAGAGCAAAGAUCACCUGUCUGUUCUGGAUUUAUGUUUCCUUCCACCCUUUCUCUUCAUCCUGUCACUCAACCUUCAUCAGCCCCUUGGCCGGAAGUCAUGGCUACAUCUGUCGAUUCUUUCCCUCUAAAUGACACACCUCCUCCUCUACCAGCUAAGAAACACAGAAGGCAACAGCAGCAGGAGCAACAGCACUUUAGAAGUCUGGAAGAAAGGAAAAAACAGAAUAAAGAAGGCCUCUAUCUGAGUGACACUUUGCCUCGAAAGAAAACCACACCUUCCAUCUCCCCACAUUUCAGCAGUGCCACACUGGGGAGAAGCACCGCCCCAAAGGGUCACUUGCCUCUGGGACAGAGCAACAGCUGUGGCAGUGUGCUUCCUCACUCCCUGGCAACCAUGACCAAAGACUCGGAAUCUCGGAGGAUGCUCAGAGGUUAUAAUCAUCAACAGAUGAGUGAAGGACAAAGACAGAAACCUGAAUUUUACAACCGCACAGCAUCAGAAUCAAAUGUCUAUUUGAAUAGUUUCCACUACCCUGAUCAUAGCUACAGGGACCAGGCCUUUGAUACUUUGAGCCUGGACAGCUCCGACAGCAUGGAGACCAGCAUCUCUGCCUGCUCACCCGACAAUAUCUCUAGUGCCAGCACUUCAAAUAUUGCCAGGAUAGAAGAAAUGGAGAGGCUGUUGAAACAGGCUCAUGCAGAAAAGACCCGACUGCUUGAGUCCAGGGAACGGGAAAUGGAAGCCAAAAGACGAGCUUUGGAAGAAGAAAAGCGACGCCGAGAAGUUCUGGAAAAACGACUGCAGGAAGAAACUAGCCAGAGGCAGAAGUUAAUAGAAAAGGAAGUAAAAAUAAGGGAGAAACAAAGGGCACAGGCUCGCCCUUUGACACGCUAUUUGCCUGUCCGGAAGGAGGACUUUGAUUUGCGGAGCCAUGUAGAGACCGCUGGCCACAAUAUUGAUACCUGUUACCACAUAUCAAUCACAGAGAAGACUUGCCGAGGUUUCCUCAUCAAAAUGGGUGGAAAAAUUAAAACUUGGAAAAAACGCUGGUUCGUUUUUGAUCGGAAUAAGCGCACAUUUUCUUAUUAUGCAGAUAAGCAUGAAGCAAAAUUAAAAGGAGUAAUAUACUUUCAAGCCAUUGAAGAAGUAUAUUAUGAUCACCUCAAGAAUGCUAAUAAGAGCCCUAAUCCGUUACUCACUUUUAGUGUCAAGACACACGACAGAAUCUAUUACAUGGUGGCCCCAUCGCCGGAAGCCAUGCGUAUCUGGAUGGAUGUUAUAGUUACCGGGGCAGAAGGUUACACUCACUUUUUGUUAUAGUGAAUGGAAGCAACAGUCCACUCCAGGGCAGACUGCAAUAAUCUCUUACAAGAAUGAAGCCAUAUUCAAUCCCAGAAGCAAAGACCCAGCAGACCAACUUCCUCACUGUAUGCACUCAGAACUCCUUUUAUACUAGGAAGUUAUUUGUAAAAACAAAUUUAAAAAAAGAGAAAAGAAGUUUUAAUUCAAAACUUGAUCAUAAAUGGAAAAAGAAGUGAAGCUCCUACAAGAAACACUAUUUUGAUAAAUAUCACUAAAAGAACAUUUCUUAUAUUUUUUAUCAGCUGGUUUUGGUGAAAUAAACUAAACAGUUUACAGAAUAUCUGUAUAUGUGUACUUGCAAAUAUGGAAUUACUGUAGCAUGCAAAUUGUUGCCAUUGGGCUUUUUUUUUUUUUUUUGACUACCAUUUUACAAAUAUAGGCAAAUAAAGGCUUGGAGAGGAAUAUGUUUUAUGAAUUUUGCAUUACUUUGUAAGUACUCCAUCAAAACCAAAGACUUGACAUGACUUCUGUUUAACGGUAGUGGUUUAAAGUAAAGUAGUUUUAAGUGGUAAUGUUCCUCUAUAUUUUAAAACAAUAUUUUGACCAGAUGCCCAGGAAAUUGACUUUGCAGUGUUGUCACCAUGAUAAGCUACUGUACAUAUAUAGUAAAACACUUUUUGUAAAAGAAGAAAGAAAAAAAUCUGUAUUUUAGAAAAAUACCAUCUCAGCCAAAAGACAUUUUGUCACAUUGGGAAAUUUUUAAAUAAAGAAAAUAUUUGAUGUUAGGAGCUUUUUCGUGCAAGAUUUCUCCUUUCUGAGUGCUGAGAAUGAAGGCAACCAGUAGCUGAUUUCCUUUAGAUUGUCUCAUUUCUCUUUGUUAUGGAGCAUACCUAUCAGUUACACCUCGCAUGACAUAGCUAUGAAAUCCUAGUUCUGUUUUCACCAGAGAACACAAUUAAAAUACCCAAUAUGCAGAACUGAUAUAACGGCAAAAUUCAACUUAACAUUAUCUAUAAUAUUUUAUUAUGUAUUUCCUUGCGAUUAGACUUUAGUUUUUAGAGUUAAAUUAAUUUUUGUGAAUGAAAGGACUUCAGGCAAGUCUCUUUUAUAAUGGAUUUUCAAAUGUCACUUACAGUUUAUGUUUUGUGUGUUUGUAAGUAUGAAUGUACUCUUUCCUAAAACAUGGUAAAUGACUAGAAGUACAAAAUAAUGAUGUUACUUACAAGAUUAAAUGAUUACAAGUGUCUUUAAAAUUUUGUCAGGCUUUAUUAGGUACAAUUAUUUUUAUGUUUGCAAAAUACUUUGUAUACAUGUAUACAUAUUGCCAGUAAGAUUUGCAACUGAAUAAUGCAAGAUCUUACUUGAACAAUGAAGAACAAAAAUCAUGAUUGUAAAAGAUCUUUUUAAAAAUCAGAUUUUGCAGAGAUCACCCUUAAACUCUUUAGUGAUCUAAGAGAAUGAAAUGCAAUAGCUAAAAUUUUGUUGGUUAAUGUAAAGAUAUUUUUCUGUACUGUACUUUCUCCAUAGGAUUAUAAGAAUAUCCUAAUCAACUUGCAUGUUGUAAACCUUUUAAAUAUGUGUGUUAAACAUGAAUUUGGAUUAAAACGUUGACCUGAUUUCACAUGUGAAAGUAAA